UGUGCUGUAGCUUUUAGACCGGAGCUUCCUCCACUCGGUGACUGUCAUCAUGGAGGAAAAGCAGACGACUGGAGCCGAGUGAAGAGGACCAAACGCCGCAUCCCCAUCUUUGUUUCACCUCUUAUUACUAUCAGAAAUCGGUGAUCAAUCAGCAGAAUCAGCACCGGAGACACCUGACUGGUGACAGCCGCCAACAUGAAGCAUUUCCUGAGAGUGGUGACCCAGUUCUUUCUGUUCCUCUACUGUAAAUGUCUGUGGCGGGGCCUGAAGUUUGUCGCCAGGAAGUUUACGGGGCGCUGCGAGCUGCAGAGAAUCUGCUACAACAACAAGCAUGGAGCCCGCAGGACCCUCAAGAUAGAAUCAUCUCUGAGGUACUCCAAGACUGAGCUGCUGCAAUCCGCCCUCAGCGUCCAUCCUGAUAAAGUGGAGAAAACCAUUGAGGACAUCAUGGCCUUGAAGAAGAUUAACCCUGACACCAACCCACAGCUGGGCAUCUCUCUCCAGGCCAGCCUGCUGCAGAUUGUGGGCUACAGGAGCCUGGUGGCUGAGGUGGAGAAGCUGCGCAGGGAGCCUUAUGAUUGUGAAAACCCUGAGCACGAGGACCUGCUGAUGAAGCUGUGGAAGGAGCUGCGUCCUGACACACCUCUCACCGGACGCAUCUCCAAACAGUGGUGUGAAAUUGGUUUCCAAGGCAGCGAUCCCAAGACUGAUUUCAGAGGCAUGGGCCUGCUGGGCCUGCACAACCUGCUGUAUUUUGCAGAACACGACAAGGCCACUGCUCUGCAGAUGCUCCACGACUCUCUGCAACCAAAGCACAAGAGCACACACAGAAAGCCAAGUGAGAUAAACAAGCCUGAAUGGGAACAGAAGAAUCUAGACAAAGCUAUCGGCUACUCUUUUGCCAUUGUGGGCAUCAACAUCACAGACCUGGCCUACUCUCUGCUGGUGAGUGGAGCUCUGAAGACCCACCUGUACAACGUGGCUCCAGAGAUGCCGAGCCUGCUGCACUUUCAGCAGACCUUCUGUUACCUGAUGCAGGAGUUCCACCGUUUCUGGAUCGAGGAGGAUCCGAGCGACAUCAUGGAGUUCAACCGGGUCCGCUCCAAGUUCCACCGGAGGAUCCUGCGACAGCUGAAGAACCCAGACAUGGCUCUGUGCCCCCACUUCUCCGCCUCCGACCUCCACCUGGUCAACCUCUAAACACACAUCCCCUGAGCCCUGUGACCCUCCCCACUACCCCCCACUGAUCCCUUCAUACCCCCACAGAGGUCUCCCCUGGAUGUCCGGUAGGCAAACUAAAAAAAAAUCAGAAAACCCUUUACCCUCACACACAUGGUUCCUCAAACUGCUGGACACAUCUGGGGAGACUCUCUCCCUCCUCUGCUCAGCCCACCUCGUCCCAGCUAACGUCAUGUCGCGUCACUGCCAAAAGCUCACUCAAUCACUACACACACACACAAACACACACAUAUGUACACACACACACUGCCUCUACGCCCUCACUGCAGCGUUACACCACCAGCAUCAGAGAUGACCAUAGCGAUUGUAGCUGUGCAUGAGGAGGCUGCACCACACCACUCAUCAUUAUCUGUUGCUUUAAUGAUUCAUGACGAUUGUAUCACAGCCGUUACACCUCAGUUACGAACCCGUGCUUCUUCUCAUAACAAACCAAAUUUACUUUCUCAGCCAAAAAAAAAAAAUCCCUCUUUUAGACUGCAGCUUAGUGCUCAUCAGUUCAGAAUAUUUUGGCAAUUAGCUGGUCAGGCUUUCAGACACAAAACCAAUAUUUUGUAUUCAAACUGAAGAGCUAUAGAUAUAUAGUGUACGUUUAAAUGAAGCAUUAAAGAAAUGUUGCUGGCGCUGAUUCAAUCAAAAGCUGUACGAAGGCCAGUUCAUCUUUUAGCUUUGUCUGUAUUAGGUCAUCAAUAUAGAUUGUACUGUACGUUUUAUGUCUAUGUGACAUUAGCACCUAAGACUUCUCCUUGCCAAAAUAUCGAAUGUGGAGAACUUACAAUCACAGCAGUAGUUUGUUUCUUGUGAGCUCAGAUGUACGUUUUGUAAACCUGCAAAAUUAUGUUCAUUUAUAUUUUAAAACAGGCACAGUUCCCACUUUGGAUACUAAAUAAAGCUAAUUAACUUUUUUCCAUUUUUCUUUUUUUUUUUUUUUUUUUUUAAAUUUCUUCACACACAUCACCCAAAACAAUGAAAAUAAAUGAAUGAACAUUUUUUGCAGGUUUGCAAACGGUGUUUUUUGCCUUUGCUUUGACCCUUACGUGUGCAGAGAUUCUGUUAUGAAUGUUUCUCACGUGCUCACAUUCACGAUUGUUUGACUCUAUUUUAAUUCAUUGAAUGUGACACUGUGUCCACUGUUGUAUCAGCCAAAGCAAUAAUUUACAUUCAUUUCACUGCACAUCUCUUUUAAACGUGUUGAUUUGCACCAUGCGUGCCUAAUUAUUUGUUUUAUUUUAUAACUCUGAGCUGGAAUGCUGAUCAACGUAUAGCUGCUACAUGUAGCGUUUAAUGGAGGUAAAAUAUUACCACUGAAGACAUUCGUGUGAUUACUGUAAUCAAAUGUCCCCUGGCAGCCGCUGUGCUGCUUUUUACAACGUCCAAAUUUUGCGGGAAAACAAAGACAUAUUUGUCCUUUUUUUAGUGAAGCCAAAGACACUGAGGACUGACAGGAAGCAUUCACAGAGAAUGUAGUCUUAAUGUUCUUGAGCAUGAAUGUGAUCUUAUCUCCUCUCCACCGUGAUCUCAUUUGCUUACAGUAAAGUAUCGACUUAGCAGAGAUUUACUAAUGUUCGUAAAAGUGCUACACAUAGAAGCUUUAACAAGCAACAACCAGAGAAAUAAGAUGUUAAAUGUAGAGCUGCUCCAUUGAGAAUGAAUGAGGUAGUGAUUUAUACUAAUGCAGUAAAGAGCUGACGGUGAAAAUGUAAGAAUGCUAAGGUGGAGGCGUUGAUCAGUCAGUCAACACAGGAAAAUAAAUUACUUUUUUAUUAAUGUGGUAUUACUAGAUGUCGCUGUCAGCUCUCUACUGUGGACUUCAGACUGCAGAGUCCUGGCCAACAAAGGUAACACUCUGAGGAAAAUUGAAUUACUGCAAACAAAAAUACAACUAUAACAUUUUCAAAUAAAUUUGCUAAAAAAUCUGUGUUUAUCGCCAUAAAUGAUACUCACCUUGUGGUCCCGUAAACAUGAUUCAUAGUCCUUAUGUAGAUCCUAUGCCGAAUGCUCGCAAGUGGCCUUCACCGUUGCGAGCAUUCAUAAUUAUGUGCUGGUGUGUCACCUUCACUCUGCAAUUACACCCCGAAAACGGUAGCUUGCAGUGGUGUUUCUGUGCCACUAUAUUGAGUUUCUUUGUGCACGUCAAAAAAUGGCGACUGGAACUGAGAGGAUCAUGUUGGAGUUGGCGUUAGCUGUGGCUGGAGGCAUUAUGUUUUCGGGUUUUCCCUCCAUCCAUCCUUUUGUCUCACUUCUGAACACGGUAUCUCAAGAAUGCAUUGAGAGAUUUUUUUUUUUUUUUUCAAAUUUGGCACAAAUGUCCACUUAGACUGAAGGAUGAGCUGAUUAGAUUUUGUAGGUGAAACGUCAAAGUCACUGUGACCUUGUCUGUUUCAUUCUCUUGAACGCAAUAUCUCAAGAACACCUUGAGGGAGUUUCUUCAGAUUUGGCACAAACAUCCACUUGGACUCAAGGAUGAUUAGAAUUUGGUGGUCAAAGCUCAAAGGUCAAGGUUACUGUGACCUCACAGAACAUGCUUUGGCCAUAAAUCAAGAAUUCAUAUGCUAAAUAUAACAAAAUUGCACACAAAUGUCAAAUAGGAUAAAAUCACAUUUUAUAUCCAAAAGGUCAAAUUUCAGCUAAAACUGUGCUGAUUGUAUAGAUCUUCUUUGCUGCCAGAGGGUGUGAUGUGUGUGAAGCGUCCAUGUUUUCACAGACAUGGAUGUCAACUGUAAAUGCAACUUGAGUGGUGCGUGGAGGCGUACAACCGCUAGGUGGUAUUCUAGUUAUUGAUCUGCUAUCAUGUGGGCACUUUUUUCCCACCUGGGUCCCCUCUCCUAGCAAGUCUUUUUCAGAGGCAAAAUGCCUAGGAGAAAAUGCGAAGCUACCAAGUGGACUAAUCACAGUUGUGUGGUCUGUGUCGCCGCAAUGUUUAUCUAUACUUCUUGGUGCACAUCAGGCUCACGGAUGUAUUAAGAGAUCUGGAUACAGCA